UUGACUGCUUCUUCUCACAUGGUUCGAGAGGGCCAGUAUGCUGGUGAUCCUGCUGAACUGUGUUACUCUGGGGAUGUUUCACCCGUGCGAGGACAGCCACUGUGACACAGAGCGAUGCAAGAUACUAGAGGACUUUGAUGAUUUCAUCUUUGCUUUUUUUGCCGUGGAGAUGGUAAUCAAAAUGGUUGCACUGGGUAUCUUUGGGAAAAAGUGUUACCUUGGAGACACCUGGAAUCGGCUAGACUUCUUCAUUGUGUUGGCUGGGAUGCUGGAAUACUCUCUCAACCUGCAGAAUGUUAGUUUUUCUGCGGUCCGAACAGUCAGAGUACUUCGACCUCUUCGGGCUAUCAACCGAGUUCCCAGUAUGAGAAUCCUGGUGACGCUUCUACUUGACACUCUCCCCAUGCUGGGCAAUGUGCUGCUGCUUUGCUUCUUUGUUUUCUUCAUUUUUGGGAUCGUCGGAGUCCAGCUGUGGGCCGGGCUCCUCCGCAACCGCUGCUUCUUACCUGAAAACUUCUCCCUACCUACCAGCCUAGAACUUCGCAAGUACUACCACACAGAAAAUGACGAUGAAAACCCGUUUAUCUGCUCCCAACCAAGGGAGAACGGCAUGCGUCUGUGCACCUCCGUCCCCACGCUCCAUGAGGAGGGCCGGCAGUGCCAGCUGGACAUGGCAUCUUACAAUAGCACAGACAACACCACCUGCGUCAACUGGAACAAGUAUUACACCAACUGCUCCGCCGGAGAGGCCAAUCCCUUCAAGGGGGCCAUAAACUUUGAUAACAUUGGAUAUGCCUGGAUUGCCAUCUUUCAGGUUAUUACUCUGGAGGGCUGGGUGGACAUCAUGUACUUUGUUAUGGAUGCUCACUCCUUCUACAAUUUCAUAUACUUCAUCCUCCUGAUAAUAGUGGGCUCGUUCUUCAUGAUCAACCUUUGUCUAGUUGUCAUAGCGACACAGUUCUCCGAGACCAAGCAACGGGAGAGUCAGCUGAUGAAGGAACAGCGAGUUCGCUUCAGGUCCAACGCCAGCACUCUCAACAGCUACUCCGAGCCUGGAAGCUGCUAUGAUGAGCUGCUCAAAUACCUGGUCCACGUCAUCCGCAAAGGCACCAGACAAAUCGCUCACCUCAUCCGGGCUGCGGGUCGCCGGGCAGGCCUGAGGAUCUGUGCUUCUCCACCUCUGGAAGCACCACCCACUAAAAGACGUCGACAGAAGCAGCGUCAGGGAUCUAUUCGUCACAUCAUGCACCAUCAUCACCACCACCUCCACCAUCACUAUCAUUUGGGCAAUGGGAGUGUCCGAUCUGACGGGGGACGAGAGGUGGACAAUCCUUCACAGAGUGGCGUUGUCAACAAAAGUGGCAAUGUCAAUCUAAUGUUACCUGUCAUUGUCCCUCAGCAGGACGCCUUUAGUGGGUCUUUUGGCCCCAGUAGUGCCGAAUCGGUACAUAGUGUUUAUCAGGUCUCGGGUCACCUCGAGCCACUUCGAUGUGGCCUUUCACCUUCUCCCACAGUUCUUCAGGCGUAUAAGAGGAACUCAGUGCCCUUUGCAGCUCCAGUACAUAAGAACUACCCCACUUUACAGUCGUCUCUGGCCUUAGAGCAGCUCAGACAGAGAAUCCUGGAUCCUGGAGGAAGCAGCUGCACUGCUAGUGUCCUUACCAGCCUGAACAUACCGCCAAAUCCCAUCAACACCUCACAGUGCCUGGUGGAGACUCAAGGUCCUCCUGGCAAGGUCAUCUCCAAGGAUGCCCUCAUGAACUGCAGUAGCACAAACAUAGACACAGCUCUGACCUAUGACCCUGAAACCUGUCCGUAUUGUGCCAAAUCAAUGGCCAAUGACUCUGAGGGAAUAGAUGGUAAUGAGACGGCAGACUCUGACAGUGAGGGUGUCUAUGAGACACAAGUUGCCCAUUAUCGGGACAGCAGAGGUCCUAAGAAGAAGAAGAAGUUUGCAUUAGGAGCACGGGCAACAAAGGUGAUCGAUUUCUGGAGGCUGGUCUGCGGCACUUUUCGCAAGAUUGUGGACAGCAAGUAUUUUGGACAAGGAAUAAUGAUCGCCAUUCUUAUUAACACUCUCAGCAUGGGCAUCGAGUACCAUGAGCAGCCUGAUGAGUUGACAAAUGCUCUGGAAAUAAGCAACAUCGUCUUCACCAGUUUGUUUGUGCUGGAGAUGCUCCUGAAACUGCUGGUCUACGGGCCUUUUGGGUACAUCAAAAACCCCUACAACAUCUUUGACGGCAUUAUUGUUGUAAUCAGUGUUUGGGAGAUUGUCGGCCAGCAGGGAGGAGGUUUAUCAGUGCUGAGGACCUUCAGGCUGAUGCGAGUGUUGAAGUUGGUCCGCUUUAUGCCCGCCUUGCAGAGGCAGUUGGUGGUCCUCAUGAAGACCAUGGACAAUGUUGCCACCUUCUGCAUGCUUCUGAUGCUUUUCAUAUUCAUUUUCAGCAUUCUAGGCAUGCACUUGUUUGGGUGUAAAUUCGGCUCUGAGAGAGAUGGAGACACACUUCCUGACCGAAAGAACUUUGAUUCCUUGCUGUGGGCUAUUGUUACAGUUUUUCAGAUCCUGACUCAGGAGGACUGGAAUAAAGUGCUGUACAACGGGAUGGCCUCCACCUCUCCUGUGGCUGCUCUGUACUUCAUCGCCCUCAUGACCUUUGGGAAUUAUGUCUUGUUUAACCUCUUAGUUGCUAUCUUAGUGGAGGGAUUCCAAACAGAGGAAAUAACCAAGCGGGACGAUUUGCAUGGCCAGCUGAGCUGUAUUCAGCUGCCUAUAGACUCAGGGGGUGAUGCCUCAAAGUCAGACUCUGAAGCCGAUAUUUAUGCACGGAGCUUGGAGGAUGUUUCGGGACACAAGAAGGAUAUGUCUGCAUCAUCCGUUGUGCCCAUCAAUGGCCAUGUGGAUCUGAAGAGCAGCCUGACGCCGCCUCUGAUCACCCACACAGCUGCCACACCAAUGCCCAUCCCCAAGAUAUCAGGAGGAGGAGAUUCAGCACUAAGCCACGAGUCCCGCAGAGGCAGCAGUGUCUCUAUGGAACCCAAUGGACAAGACAAAUCUCCAUCCAGUGCACGGAGCUCCCCUAAUGCCCCCUUGAGCUCCGCCAGUAGCUGGAACAGCAGGCGCUCCAGCUGGAACAGCCUAGGCCGAGCCCCCAGCCUUAAGAGGCAGAAACAUCAGUCUGGUGAACGGCGCUCCUUGCUGUCUGGUGACGGCCAGUCCAGCUCUGAUGAGGGGGAUGCAGGAGAGAGCGUGGGGGGCAUGUCUGAGGGUGAUGAUGCCUCCCUUGCCAGGACGGACUCGCUGGGCCAGAGGCCUCGACACAGGCGCAUGGAGUCCCUGGAGACACGCAGCUCAUUUGAUCUCCAUCCAGACACCCUGCAGGUGCCGUACCCGCACCGCUCUGGCAGCAUCCACAGCGCACGGCCACCCAACUUCCUCAGCAAUGGAAAGACUUCUCCAUCUGCAGCAACCACACAGCUCUCUUUGGAUGAACACCACAGCGAAGAUGACAACGCAGACGAGGAAGGAAACCUGAGUCGCAGGGCUCGUCUGUACAGAUGGCUGGAGCACAAGCAGCCCGAAUGGUGUCGGCAGAGGGUCACCUGGUCCCUUUACCUCUUCCCUCCAGAGUCACGGUUUCGUGUGACAUGCAAUAAAAUCAUCACCCACAAGAUGUUUGACCAUGUGGUUCUUGUCAUCAUCUUUCUCAACUGCAUCACCAUCGCCAUGGAGAGGCCCAGAAUCGACCCCUCUAGCGCUGAACGCAUCUUCCUGACGUUGUCCAACUACAUAUUUACUGCCAUCUUUGUGACCGAAAUGACAAUAAAGGUGGUUGCUUUGGGAUUUUGUUUCGGAGAGAAGACCUACCUGAAGAGCAGCUGGAACAUUCUGGAUGGCAUGCUGGUGAUGAUCUCUGUGAUUGACAUCCUCGUGUCCAUGAUCUCCAACAGUGGCACCAAGAUCCUGGGCAUGUUACGCGUGCUGCGGUUACUGAGGACACUCAGACCGCUCAGGGUGAUCAGCAGAGCUCCAGGACUGAAGCUGGUUGUUGAGACAUUGAUGUCGUCUCUCAAGCCUAUCGGAAACAUUGUGGUCAUCUGCUGUGCCUUCUUCAUUAUUUUUGGGAUAUUGGGAGUUCAGCUUUUCAAGGGGAAGUUCUUUGUGUGUCAUGGGGAAGAUACGAGAAACAUCACCAACAAGUCAGAUUGCCUCUUGGCAAACUACAAAUGGGUCAGACACAAGUACAACUUUGAUAACCUUGGACAGGCCCUCAUGUCCCUUUUUGUUCUGGCUUCCAAAGACGGUUGGGUGGAUAUCAUGUACGAUGGACUGGAUGCUGUCGGCGUGGACCAGCAGCCCGUCAUGAAUUACAACCCAUGGAUGCUGCUCUAUUUUAUCUCCUUCUUGCUGAUCGUGGCUUUCUUCGUGCUCAACAUGUUCGUCGGCGUGGUCGUCGAGAACUUUCACAAGUGCAGGAGAAACCAGGAGGAGGAAGAAGCCAAACUGCGUGAAGCGAAGCGCCAGAAACGGCGUGAUAAAAAACGAAGGAAUAUAAUGCUGACCGGUGUCAGUUGGUCCAGUCCUGAUCACACACAAGAAGCCCAGAGUAAACCCUUUUACUCCGAUUACUGCCCAACACGACGUCUCAUCUACAACAUGUGCAAGAGCCAGUAUCUGGACCUGUUCAUCACCAUCGUCAUCGCCCUCAAUGUCAUCACCAUGUCUAUGGAGCACUACCACCAACCAAAGGUUUUGAGCGAUUCCCUGAAGAUCUGUAACUACAUCUUCACAGUCAUAUUUGUGCUGGAGUCCAUCUUCAAGCUUGUUGCUUUUGGAUUUCGCCGCUUCUUCAAGGACAGGUGGAACCAGUUGGAUCUGGCCAUUGUUUUGUUGUCCAUCAUGGGCAUAACACUGGAGGAAAUCGAGGUCAAUGCUUCCCUUCCCAUCAACCCUACCAUCAUUCGCAUCAUGAGGGUGUUGCGCAUCACUCGAGUGCUGAAACUACUGAAGAUGGCUGUGGGAAUGCGAGCUCUGCUAGACACUGUGAUGCAGGCCCUUCCUCAGGUGGGGAAUCUGGGUCUUCUCUUCAUGUUGCUUUUCUUCAUCUUUGCUGCUCUGGGAGUAGAGCUGUUUGGUGACCUGAUAUGUGAUGAGCUACACCCCUGUGAAGGUCUUGGCCGUUAUGCCACGUUCAAGAAUUUUGGCAUGGCUUUCCUCCUGCUGUUCCGUGUAUCCACCGGGGACAACUGGAAUGGCAUUAUGAAGGAUACACUCAGAGACUGCUCCCAAGACACCGGUAUAUGCUACAACACGGUAGUGUCCCCCAUUUACUUUGUGUCCUUUGUGCUGACGGCUCAGUUUGUGCUGGUCAAUGUGGUGAUCGCUGUGCUCAUGAAGCACCUAGAGGAAAGCAACAAAGAGGCCAAGGAGGCUGAAGCGGAGGCCGAGCUGGAGCUGGAGCAGGAGAUGGAAGCUUUAGGUAGAGAUAGAGACAUACACAGAGGGCACAUGCCACGUUUGGGUUCUGGUGAUUUGGGUGGACCAGGAGGUUCACCUUGGAUAUCAAGAGACCAUCGAGAUCUGUCAGGACCACUUUACCCCAUAGACAGCCCAACAGCAGACAUACGCAGAGACUUUGAAGAUCAUUUAAGGACAGAUCCUGAUCCACCUCCGAAUCUGGAGCCACCAUUAGAGCGGAGGCCCAUGUUUGACUCAGUUUCCCUGGUGAUCCAGGGCUCACUGGAAGGAGAGCUCAGCCUCAUGGACAACCUGUCUGGCUCCAUCUGCCACUACUACGCUCUGCCCCCCCUUCCCAGCAAACACUGCACUGAGAAACAGAUUCCUCUAGCCGAGAUGGAGGCUCUAUCUCUGGCAUCGGAGAAAUCCUGGUCCUUAGCUCUGACGGAUGACUCUGUCCCAGAUGAUUUUAACCCCCUCUUACUAACCAGUCAGGAGUGCAAUACCACAGAUCCUUCAGAUCCGCCAGACACCCGGCAGGCAAAUGAACCGACGGAUGAACACUUGCUAUCCGUGAAGAAGACCUCAGUAGGCCGCACACAUUCUCUACCUAAUGACAGCUACAUGUUCCUGCCGCUGCAGUCCAACUCAAACCACAGCACCCACACAGCCUCACCUCACCUCGCUCAGACAGGGUCUACAGGCUCUGUUCAGUCUCAAACAGAAGAACCCAGCCAGCACUUGACUGUGCCCAGCGAUCUGUUCCGACCCAUCAGUCCUCACAGUUUAUCAGACUCAGAGAGCAUCCCACGAAUUCCCCCACCUCGGCGGGCACACACUCUCUCACGCACACUCCGCAGACAGGUGGCAGUGAGUGCUGACUCUCAGGAGACGCUAUACACAGAGGGAGGGGAAUCUGAGGGUCCCCUGGGGCUCAGGGAACUGUCGGACCCCCUUCCACCUCAGCAGCAGCACCAGCCUUCCCUCUUUCUGGUCCCUGCCACACCAGGCGCCUCCCCAAAACCUUCACGACCUAGUGUCCACACGCAGCACAACCCCUACGACCAGUACAAUGUGUUCUCCAGGAGUUCCCACUCUCCACCUGUACCACCACCACCACCACCACCACCAGACUACAGGAAGCAUGAGGAUGUGGACUCGGUGGAUCAGGAGGUAUCUCGAAUUAUCCGAGCAGGACUCACAGGGAGAAGCGAUGAUGUCAACCGAGGAGAGACAGGAGAUCAAGGUGCAAAACGUCAGCUUAAGAAAUACCAUAGCGUGGACACUCAAGGCCAGCGAGCUCUGCUGUUACCGCGGCCUUUGUCGUGGCUUGACGACCCACGCCGGCACUCCAUCGAAGUAUGCUCGUCUGUGGAAAGUAGUCCGCAGCGCAGUUCCAUAUCAUCAGGGUUUGUAUCACGAGCCAACAGCCUCCAGCAACAAUCUUCUCCCCGUGGCCGCAAGAAGAAGAUGAGUCCACCGUGCAUUUCAGUGGAUCCACCUGAGGAUCCGGAACUACCAGGAGGAUUUCACCCUGCUCUAGGGAUUGUGCCACCUCCAUUGCCAAGCCGGGACACUUGCCUGAGGAGGCGCGCUCCCUCCAGUGACUCCAAGGACUCGUUUGAUUUGGGAGGAGGAGGAGAGACGCUGCCUCAAGAGGGCAUUCCGAACUCCAAGCUAUUGACUCUGCCUAGCUUCUCUUUUGAGAAAACAAGCUCUGAGCACUGAACAUUGACUCACACGAUCACACACACACAUGCGCACAUGACACAUGAUACACUCGGUGUAUCCGUGAUGGUGAUAGUAAUAGUAAUAAUAUCUUAGAGAGUAAUAAUGCUAAAUGCAACAAUGGUGAGUACUCCAUGAUUAUGAGGAAUAGUAACUAUACCUUGUAUUUUUCUCUACUGCCAAAAGAACACAUAAAGACAUUACGCUGAGGAUUAAACUAGCUAAUAACCAGACUCUCUCCUCAAAGAUGUCAGCAGAUAUGUUGGCAACCUCAAGACCUCCUGGUGGAGGUCAGCGCAGAGCCCGAGGAGGGCAAGGCGUCCCCCCUUCUGGCGAUCGUGAAGACUUCACAGCACUGUAUUGCUGAACUCCCUAAAGGGCACUGAUGAAGGUACAAAGCAAUAUGAACGUUUUAGAGACACUAUUUUCUUAAAUUAUUGGGCCAUAGUGUUUGUAAAGGAUGUAGAAUUUCUUUUUCAAUUGCGUUAUGGUUUUAUGUGUCUUUUUGUGAUUUCUCUUUUACUCAAUGUUUCAAACGUUUGUUGUUUGCUUUAUUUUUUCACCAUAGGAUAUUUUUAGCUUUCUUGUUUUAACGAAGACAAAAAAAGGAAACAUUUUUUCAAAGUGCCGGGAUCUAUGUAUUUGUAGAAAUAUUUAUAUUAUUAUUAUUAAUAUUAAUAAUAAUAAUAAUAAUAAUGAUGAUGAUAUAUCUCUUUAAAAUAAAGCAUUAAACAGC